AUGGCUGAAACCGGUAAAAGGACGUUAGUGGAAACUAAUGAUGAUGCCCCAAAAAAACUAAAACUAACCAUGGCCUCUAUCUCUGAAAAAGAUGUAGGUAUUACUGAAUUUUUAUCCCCACAGACUAGUGGGUUUAAAGGCCAAAUAAAGCAAAGAUACAGCGACUUUUUAGUUAACGAAAUUUCACUAGACGAUACCGUUGUUCAUUUAAAUGACAAAGGCUUCAAAAUGCCUAAAAAAGAAAAGAAAGUCGAACAGGGGAGAGAAAAGGGUGAUGGUAAUAAUAAGAGAACCAAUCAAAAAGAUGAAUUAAAAAUUUCAAGAAAGGAUUUUCAGAUUGAUCCCGAAAGCAGAAAGCAAUUGGUUGAAUUGUUAGGCGAGGAUGAUGUUAUAUCUUUAGAAAAUGUUUAUAAGGAAUUAAAUGUUAUGGAAACUAAAAACAGUUUUGAUAAUAAAACAACCAGAACGAAUCUACAUCAAUUAAUAAGAAAAGUGUUUGAUAAUCAAUUGGAAAGUGUUACUACACCAGAUAACCACUUCAAAAUCGCCAACAACAACAAAAAGUCUAGAGUCAGUAAAGAAUAUUUGAUUGAACAGAGUAAAGACAAAAAUGGUAUUGAAAAUUGGGGGUAUGGUCCAGACAAACAAUUUAUUCAUUUCACCUUAUAUAAAGAAAAUAAAGAAACCAUGGAUGCUAUCAAUAUUAUAACCAGGUAUUUAAAGACCCCAACAAGGAACAUCAAAUUUGCAGGCACCAAAGAUCGUCGAGGUGUAACUUGUCAACGACUAUCCAUUUCCAAGAUAAGACUUGACAGACUAAACGCUUUGAAUAAAGUUCUAAAGGGUAUUGUAUUGGGUGGCUAUAAAUUUGAGGAUAAAGCUUUGAAUUUAGGCCAAUUACAUGGGAAUGAGUUUUAUAUUGCCAUUCGUAAUGUCCAUGAUUUUGGUGGUAAUGGUGACGAUAUUACUACUUUAGAGAAAAUUCUAAAUGAAGGCGGUAAAUCUUUGACAGAAAAGGGGUUUAUCAAUUAUUUUGGCAUGCAAAGGUUUGGUACUUUUAGUGUAUCCACACAUGAAAUUGGUAAAAUUCUAUUGGCUGGUGAAUAUAAAAAAGCUUGCAAUCUAAUUUUAGCUGAUCAGGAAAAUGUCAUGCCAAAAUCAAGAGAGGCUAGAAAGAUUUGGGAAGAAACCAAAGAUGCGACUUUAGCGUUAAGUAAGAUGCCACGACAAUGCGUCGCUGAAAAUGCUCUUUUGUUUCAUUUAUCUAAGGCGCAUAAAGAUGAAUCCGUCAAUGAUUAUACACAUGCCGAUUAUCAUAAUGCGUUGAUGAAAAUCCCAAGAAAUUUGAGAACUAUGUAUGUCCAUGCUUAUCAGAGUUAUGUUUGGAAUUGUGCUGUCAGUGAGCGAAUUAAAAAGUUUGGUUUAACUUUAGUUCCAGGUGAUUUAGUGCUUGUUAAGGAGAAUGUUGAAAGUAAUACUUCCACUAUAAAAAGAGAAACCAAUGGUAGCCUCGAUGAAAAUGAUGAUUUUGAAGAAGAUUUACGUGAAGCCGAUUUUGUUCGUGCCUUUGCUUUAAGCCAAGAAGAUAUUGAUUCCAAUAAGUAUACUAUUGAAGAUGUUGUUUUACCUACUCCUGGAUUUGAUAUUAAAUAUCCUGAAAUUAAGGAAAUGCGUGAUUUUUAUGUUGAAUUAAUGGCUAAAGACGACAUGAAUCCAUUUGAUAUGGUUAGAAAAGUUCGUGAUUUUUCGUUACCUGGUAGUUAUAGACCAAUUAUUGGUAGCGUCAAAGAAUUUGAGUGGAAAAUCAUCAAAUAUGAAAAUGAAACAGAUUUUUUGAUUAAUACUGAUUUAGAAAUUUUAAAUAAUACUAUUGCCAAAAAUAAUUGUCAGAAAUUUUUUAAGGCUAAAUUAUCGAGAUUUUCUGAGAGUAAUCCUAACGGUUCUAAAGUUAGUGUUAUUUUGAAAUUUCAAUUAGGUGUUUCCGCUUAUGCCACAAUGCUAUUACGUGAAUUAAUGAAAGUCGAAACCUCACGUCGUGGUGAUAUGUGUGAUAUAAAAGCCUUAUAG